UCUUCGUGGCUCUUGAUCUUUUCGCGAGAUCGAGCACAGGCGGCAAAAGAAGAAUACUAAAAGGAAAGAGGUGUCCGGGUGGGAGUCCACGGUUCAACUUACCUAAAUCAUCGUCAAACAAACGAGACAGUCGCAAAGAGGAUUGCGACCUACGCUGAAGCCAUGCGAUUGAUCCUUGUCUUCCUGAUCCUCUCUCCGGGGACGGUAUUCCCGAAAUACACGAAAAAAACACGUUUCGAUCGCUCGGUUCACGAUGAUUCCGGAACACUUGUCAUGGAUAACUAUUUACCGAUGAAACGAUGGACGUUCACAGAUUACGACAUGAACUUCAAAGCGUUCAGGGACAAAGAAGAAAACGUUUGUUAUUUAGAGAAGUUAAAUGAUCGCACAGCUCUAGAAGACCUCUCAGAAUAUGGUACACAAGAACAAAUAACAAGGGUACUCUACGCAUCCACGGAAGCUUUAACAAAAUUAGAGGCAUGGCGAAUCGCUGGUGGUAGAAUAAUCGAAUUCUGUCAAGGACGUAAGCUGAUUUUAUUACAAAACGCUGUACCGGUGAUCGAACAAAUAGCAGACCCCUUCUUUAAUAUGAUCCCGCAAGAUGAAAACGAUAUCGUAACUAGACGAGUAGCUGACGUAGUUCUAACACCGCUGAUAAGUCGAGCGAAGAGACAAAUCAUGUUCGAGGAACGAGAGAAACUUAAUGGGAAUGUUAAACGGGUCCGUUCGCGACGACAAAUUCAACAAUCCAGAGGAAGAUUCAGGGGACAGACGCAGUCUCAAUAUUUAAAUAUGGCUACCGACGAACAAAGCGAAGGCAAAGCCGAAGCAGAAGCUACUCAACAAUCUUCUCACGCUGUAGUCAGUGGAAGUCAUGGCAUGGGUCAGGCGCAAAGUAUGUCUUUCGGAGGCUCUGGAUGUGAAGAUUGUCUUAAAUAUACUACCGAGGGUGCACCAGAUAGGUAUGUGCACCUUCCUAACGCUGGGAUUAUCCCUGGAACUAGAACAGAUACAACUUUCACACAUGGAGGAGUUUAUCCUGGCAGUACGUCUAAUGCAGCAGAUAGAGAUGGUGGAACUUACCCAGUUGGCAUAGUUGAUAUUAGACCAGAAAGAAUCAACUACAUCACUAGGAUACCCGGUACAGCAACAGGUGGAGGUGGAGCAGUUUAUCCUGGUGGUGUAUCUAACACUAAAACAAGACAAGAUGGUGCAACAUAUCCUAGUGGCAUACCUGGUACAUCAACUGCGGGUGGAGUUAUUCAACCUGGUGGAGUAUCUUUACAUACUAGGACACAAGAUGGCACAACAUAUCCUAGUGGCGUACCUGGUACAACUGGGGGUGGUGUUAUUUAUCCUAGUGGGGUACCUUUACAUACUACAACACAAGGUGGCGCAACAUAUCCUAGUGGCAUACCUGGUACAACUGGGGGUGCUGUUAUUCAACCUGGUGGGAUACCUUUACAUACUACGACACAAGGUGGCACAACAUAUCCCAGUGGCAUACCUAGUACAACUGGGGGUGGUGUUGUUCAACCUGGUGGGGUACCUUCACAUACUACAACACAAGGUGGCACACCAUAUCCUAGUGGCGUACCUGGUACAACUGGGGGUGGUGUUACUUAUUCUGGUGGUGUACCUUUACAUACUACAACACAAAGUGGCACAACAUAUCCUAGUGGCAUACCUGGUACAACAACUGGAGGUGCUGUUAUUCAAGCUGGUGGAGUACCUGGUGGUGUUAUAACACAAGGUGUUGAAAUGUAUCCUGGUGGUAUACCUAUUACUACAACAACUGGGGGUAGUGUUGUUUAUCCUAGUACUAUACCUGGCACUACAACACCUGGAGGUGGUAUAGUUUAUCCUGGUGGUGUAUCUGGUACUAUAACAACACAAGGUGGGAUAAGAUUUUCUGGUGGCAUACCAAGCACUAAAACAACACAAGGAGGUACUGUUUAUCCUGGUGGUGUACCUGGUACUUCAAGAACUGGAGGUGGUGUUCUUUAUCCUAGUGGAAUACCUGGUACUACAACUAGUGGAGGUGGUGUUCUUUAUCCUAGUGGAAUACCUGGUACUACAACAAGUGGAGGUGGUGGUCCUUAUCCUAGUGGAAUACCUGGUAGUACAACAAGUGGAGGUGGUAUUCUUUAUCCCAGUGGAAUUCCUGGUACUACAACUGGUGGUGGAGUAGUUUACUCUAAUGGUGUACCUGGUACUAAAUUAACACAAAGUGAUGUAACAUAUCCUAGUAGCGUACCUAGUACAACUACAACUGGAGGUGGUGUUCUUUAUCCUGGUGGAAUACCUGGUACUACAACAACUGGAGGUGCUGUAAUUUAUCCUAGUGGUGUAUCUAAUACUCCAAUAACUCAGGGUGGUUCACCUGGUAUUAUUACAACUGGAGAUGGCAUUCUUUAUCCUAGCGGAAUACCUGGUACUGCAACAACUGGAGGUAGCGUUCCUUAUCCUAGUGGAAUACCUGGUACUACAACCAGAGGUGGUAUAACUUAUCCAACUAAUAUAUACCCUGGACAAGGAUCCACUGUACUACAACCUAGUGGAGAUGUUCCACUAGCAAAUCAAUUAAGGAAAACUGUGCAUUAUCCUGAAGGUGUGAUCCCAUCUGGUAUGACACCAACAAGAGUUAGUACUUAUCCAGAAAAUACUCUUACAGAAACUCCAGGAAGUUUGACUCAGCAAUUAAGUUACCCCGGAGGUAUUGAACCUGGUAAUACAGGUAUCAUCAAAACUGGUCCUGAUUUUAGUACAGUGACAACUUAUCCUCAAAGUUCUCAAUUUAAACCUGGAGAAGGAGUAUAUCAACCUGGUAUUCAAGUUGGGCCUGAUGGUAAAGUAAUUUCUUAUCCUGGAAUAUCUGGAACAAUUCCUUUUCAAUAUCCAAUACAACAAGCACAAUAUCCAAGUAGUAUUACCUGGCCUAAUAAACCAGGUGAAUAUUUAAAUCAAGGACAAAAUAUUGGACAACAAUAUGCAACUGGAACUGGACCUACUAAUACUGGGGAAGUUUCUCAAUAUUAUCAACAAGCUGGUAAUAUUCCAUCCAUAAAAGAUGACAACUCUAAUUCUCAAGCAUCAAGUUCUGUAAAACAAACAGAGUCAGGAACUCAAGCAAGUGCAUCAUCUCAAGGAACAUACGGACAAGGUACAGCACAGUCUCAAGUAACAGGUACAUACAGUGGUUCUGGUUCAUUCUCUGCUCAAGCUGGUAGCAGCGACGUUAAUAAAGGUGCACAAUCUGAAAUUAGUGGCAGUAAAGAAGGUGCAAUGAGUAAUGCUCAAGGAACAGGUGGUUAUGGAAAAAGUCAAGCGCAAGUUCAAUUGAAUUCUGAAUCUGGUGCUACAGCAACAGAUGCACAAAGCAGUGGAUGGAAUCAUGGCACUAACUCUCAGGUACAGGCAAGCUCUAGAGGUGGAAUGGCAGAUGCCCAAGCAAAUGGAGAAGGAAGUACUUCUAGCCAAGCACAAAUUGGUUUCCAACCAUAUCUUAAGACAGAUGAAAAACUUGAAAAACAUGUAAGACCUUUUCAUGGUGGUGGCACAGCAUCUGCUCAAAGUAGUAUGCAUAGAGGUCAAUCUCAAUCUCAAUUACAAGGGUCUUUCCAAUAUGGAAUUACUUACAGUGGUGCUGCACAAGCAGGAUCUGGAUCUGGCGCAGCAGCUUCUAGAAAACCGUUUAAAUUUAACUUCACAGACACCGAAUUAUUCAAACCUAUUAAACCAUACAAUACUCCACAAAUUACAAAAAACAAUGAAAGUUCAGUAACAAAUACAUCCUUAGAUAUUGAUUAUGUUUACAAUCAAAAUAAAGCUCAAGGUUUACAGCCAAGUUCAAGUUCCAGGAAGACGGUUAUCGCUACUGCAACAAGAGAAAUUUCUCAAAAUGGAACUAAUAAACAAAAUCAGUCUGGUGAAAAGUCUCAAGUAGAUGACACUAUGUAUGAUUAUGAUGAUAAAUACGAUGCAGAAGAUUAUGAUGAUGAUAAUUAUGACACUUCGCAGAUACAAUCUGCAACAAAUGCAAAGUAUUCUAAAAAUUAUAUUACAGAGCAAAAUAAUAGUGAUUAUCAAUCACAAAUGAUACAAGUCACAACUGGAAAUCAAUAUGACGUUCAUGUACAUCAAGACUCAACCAUGGCACAACCUGGAGAUAUGCUUCAACCAGGACAAUCAUUGUCUGGAUAUACAAUACCACCCAGAUUUCGUGGAAGAGUAAAAUCUGUAGCGGGUGAGAAAACUGUUGCCCAGGGUGAUGGAAAAUCUCAAUCUCAAACAGUUUCUGUAACUCCAAUAGAAACUGGCAUUGCUCAUGAGAAUAAAUCGCCAAUUUCUGAAACCAGAUCACUUAAAACCAACCAUGAAAGAUUAGCUGAAGAUCAUGCUUUAUCCAAAGCAAAACAUCAAAAAUAUAACUCUUUUCAAUUUCAAACUCAACGACCGUCUGCAGAUGAUUCGAAACCUGUGAACGUGCCUAUAAAACCAAGUUAUUAUACAAUAACAAACAGUUUUGCUGGAAAAAUGGAUAGUAGUAAAAAUGCACCAAAAAAGUAUGAACAUCGCUAUUACACUAAAAGUUCUACUUGUGGAUAUUUUACAUUUUCUUGUAAUAUUGUAUAUGGUUCGGACGGUAGGACAAAAAUUUGUAAACCAAAAAUACCAACACAUCCUGAUGGCACUCCAGUGAAAUGUUAAUCGGACACUAUUAAUUCUAUAUUACAUUUUUUUCACUUUAUUUCAUACAGUACUCCACAGUAUAUUAAUACUAAAGAUAUUUUUUAUUACAAUUUAAACUAUUAUAUUCUUUAUCUUCUGCAUUAAUUACAAACACAAAUAUUUAUGAUCGUUCAUACAUUUUAUGAAUGUACAUCAUAUUUCUAUUGUCUCUCACGCACAUACAUACUAUGUAUAAUUUUUAUUGAGGUAAUCGCACUGAAUGUGCAUCAUUAUCGAUUUAUUAGCAAUACAUCAGUUACUAAUAUUUAUCCAACUUGAUCAAUAAAACACAUAUUAAACAAAUAAAGAUUUCUCUCCUCUAUUUUCCAUCAAUUGUAAAUUACAUCAAGCGAUAAAUAUAUAUAUAUAGAAUAUUUUCUUCAAAUUUGGAGACACAUAAAAAUUUAAAUAAUUCUCUAAAUAAAAUUAUAAAAUAUUUAAAUUAUAUUAAUUACUAGAUAACAUAUAUAGAUACUCGCACAAGUGUUUUGCUUAUUUUACAUAUAUUUGUGACAAUGUAUAAACUGUUAACAUAAAUAUCAGGUAUCAUAGAAGGUAGGAAGUUGUCACUCAUUUUUCGACUUUACUGAUCUUUAGGUAAGAGACAAAAUUUAUAAUUACAUAGAUACCUUAAUUAUAUACAAUAUUUAUAUACGUACAAUAAAAAUAAGUGAAAAAUAACACAUUGGAAUGUGAGCUUUUUACAAAUGUAGAUAUUCAGAAAAAACUUACAAAAUAAAAAAGUACAAAAUAUAAAUAUACAUAUUAAAAAAAAGAAAGACAAAUAAGUGAUAUAAAUCUAGAAUGUAUCCUAAUGAUUUAAAACAUUAAUACAAUACUGAAAUAGGCAGUGAUUAUUCAUUACUUAUGCUCACUUGUCAAAUAAAUUAAUUGCUUGCCUGCACCGUUAAUAUUUGUUUAUACAAUUAAAAAGUACCGUUACGUUGACUGCUGUGUUUUAGAGAUUUAGAAAAAAGUACUUUACAAACUUCAGAUUUGUUACUCAGAUAAAAUAUAAUGCUAUUAUUGAAAUUAGUGAAUACUAGGCUUUUGGAGAUCCAUAUCCUGAAACAACAUUUGUAAAAUGUUAUUCUAAUUUUCAAAUCAUUUUACAUAUUAAAAUGUUAAGACUUACCAUCCACUAAU